AUGGCGGGGCCGGUUUUCUUCAUAUCUUGGGCGCUAUGGCAGCAAAUGACCUUUGUUCUCGCAAUGGCAAUGGUGGUGGUGUUUUGCGCUGGGCUAGUCAAGCUGUGGUGGUCAAAUCGUUUGCUGAGGAAGCAGGAGAUAUUAGAAGAGGAGAAGAGGGCGCGGCUGCAGGAAAUGCGCAAGUCGGGCAUCCCUCACAAGCGGACCAAUGACAUCCCCUUCGGAAUUCGAGCCAUCCAAAGCGGCGUCGAAGUUGACGGAAUAUGGAUUUCGAGGCCGCCGUCGCUCAACGAGACGGCAACGCCGAAGACGGGAUAUUCCACAACUCUUCAACCACAGGUACCUGUGCCGCCUGUUUCCCAGUUCGCAACGCAACCCAAGAGGCGCCCUAACCGAGAAGCCAGCGUUUUGAGCGAAGAUACUCUGAAGAAGUUGGAGCACCAAGCCCACCCGAAACCCGCAUACGAGACUUACAUACCAACGUCUGCUCCACGGAACCCGCGCCAGCCUAGUCAGCGGAGCUCGGUGUCUUCGUCAGGAGAGUCGACGGAGUCCCAGCCGCGGUCCGCAAGGAGCGCAAGCGGCAGGAGCUACACAUCAUCGCGCAGCUCGAGACUUUACAUGGCAAGGAAUCUCCGCGAAAACCGCCUGGGGUAUAGUGGUGUGCCCCAAGGAUGGCAGGAAAAGGAUCUUCGCGAUCCUUUCGACACCCUAGCCCGGACGCCAAGCGGCUUCUCGGCUCUUUCUCAGAGCGAUACCCUCUCAUCCGUGCUUCAGAGCCGGGAGCCGCCGUCCGUGCCGGAGCCCAUCUUUGGGCCCGGAGACCUGCACCUCAACAAAUCCACACGCAAAGUCAAUGAUGGGUUUGAAGUUAUCUCUGCCGGGACUUUUGGCAUACCGCCCGAGUUCUCUGGGAGCGUUGGCGCCACGGAUCUGGAGGGCGCCCACGAGUCAGGCCGGGGUGAUUGGGCUGCAAGGCCCUCGAACCGGCUGUGA